AUGACAGGUUAUUACUACCUGGUUGAUGCUGGGUACCCAAAUGCAAAGGGUUUCCUUGUACCAUACAGAGGCCAACGCUAUCACUUGCAAGAAUGGCGUGGCGCUGAAAAUGCACCUUCAACUUCGAAAGAGUUCUUCGAUAUGAAGCAUUCUUCUGCUCGUAAUGUAAUCGAAAGAGCAUUCGAUGUCUUGAAGGGUCGAUGGGUGAUACUACGGAAAAAGUCAUACUACCCUGUAGAAGUUCAAUGUCGCACAAUACUCGCAUGUUGUCUCCUCCACAACCUUAUCAAUAGAGAGAUGACAACCUUUGAUAUAGUGGACGACAUAGAUGAGGUUGAUUUUACCCACGCGACUAGUGUCGCCCAUGACAUACAUUACAUAGAGACGUCCAAUGAGUGGACUCAGUGGAGGGACGACCUUGCUGAAGAAAUGUUUAGUGAAUGGGUGUUGCGUAACCAGUAG